AUCAGUGUGAGGUAGGUGUGAGAGUCCAAUGGGGAGAUGGCACACAGCAAGAGCUGGAGAUGUUCCACUGGGAAGAAAGUGUGACGGUCCAGGACCUCUCCCAAUGGGACACAGAGGAUGAGACAUACCAAGAGCUGUCCCAGUUGGAAGUGGAAGGGUAUCAGGAACUGUAUCCUUUGGAAGAAGAUGUACAAGUUCAUCUGCACAUGCACCAAUGGGAAGGAGACCAGAGAGCCAGAGUUGUCCCAGGUGGGAGACAACAGGGGAAAGGAGCUAACCCAAGCAAAAGAUUUCAAUGUCCAGCAGCUGCCCCAACAGGAAAAAGAUGGGAGCAACCAAAAGCUAUCCCAAAGGAAAGAAAGUGUCAGCAGCCAGGGCCUGUCUCAAUGGGGAGAAAGUGCCAGGUACAAGAUCUAUGACAAACCUUUACACCCAGAGAAGGACAAGGACACCCAGACUUGUGCCCAGCAGGGGCCCAGCUCUCCCAGCAGCGUGGGCACCCAGGUGGCAGCAGAGGCAGCCUGUGAGCUGCCCAGUGCCUCUCCUGCCCUGGGGAGUCCCACCGAGGAUGAGCUGGCAGCUGCUGCUGCUCCAGCUGGAGCUGCUGAGGAGCUGGAGGAGCCCCUGAAGCCUCUGGCUCCCAAGAUGGAAAAGGCACCAGGUUCUCCUGCUCGCAGUGAGGAGCUGCCAUCAGCAGGGACAGAGAGCCCAGUCCCUGCCCCACGCAGCCCCCCAGGCUGCAGCCCGGCUCUGCUGGACUUAGUGGGGCACAUCAGCUCUGAGGUGGUGCUCAAGGCUGUGCCUGAGGUCCAGGCAUCUGGCCAGCAGCCAGAGGAACAGGGGGACCUGGAGCAAAGCAUGGCUGCAGAACUGGAAGCAGCAGCUCCAGGACAAAGGGAACAGAGCUCAAGCUCUGCCCCACACAGCCCCUGCUGCCCCCCCAGCCCACUGGGAGCCCAGGCGCUCAGGGAGCAGCAGGAGGAGGCAGACAGGGGGUCAGUCCUGGCAGAGGAAGAGAGCUAGGAGGGGGCCUUGGCUGGGGAGCUUAAGCAUUCUCAGUGCAAAGAUAAGGAACACACAGAGCUGUCCCAAGGGGAAAUCAACAAAUACCAAGAAGGGUUACAAGGGGAAGUUUGUACUGAGCAGGAGCUUUCCCAAGUAGAAGCCAGUAGCUAUCAGGAAGGGUCCCAAAGGGAAGGCUUCAGUGAGCAGGAACUACCCCAAGCAGAAGCCAAUAGGUACCAGGACAAGUCCCAAAAGGAAGCCAGCACUGAGCAAGAGGUGCCCCAAGUAGAAUCCAGGACCUACCAGAAAGGGUUCCCAGAGGAACCCUGCACUGAGCAGGAACUUCCCCAGGCAGAAGCUACUAAUACCAGGAAGUGGUCCCAAGGGGAAGACAGCACUGAGAAGAAGCUGUCCUCAGCAGAUUCUGGUAGCUACCAGGAAGAGUCCCAAGGGGAAGACAGCAUUGAGCAGGAGCUAUUCUCAGCCGAAACCAGCAGCUACGAUGAAGGGUCCCAAGGGGAAGCCUGCAAUGAGCAGGAGCUCUCCCUAGAAGAAGCCAGUAGCUACCAUGAGCUCUCCAAUUGGGAUGAAUGUGUCAAGGAACAGCUGUCCCAUGGUGAUGUUGAGAGCUACCAAGAAGUGUCGGACUGGGAAGAAUGCACAGAGCAAUGCCUUUCCCAAGGACAAGUCGGUAGCUCCCACAAUCUGUCUGACUGGGAAGAAGACAGCGAGCAGGCACUGCGGGCGCUGUGCAGCCUGUUCUGCUUCCCUUGCCUGGCGCCACGGCCUGAGGACUAGGGCCUGCUGCUGAUAAAAAGACUAUGAAUAGAAAAAAAAAAAGAGAAAGGAUAAGGAAAAUAAUAGGAAAAGGAAUAUGAAUAAGAAUUAAAAGGAGAAUAAAAAUAGGAAUAGGAAUAAUAAAAAAAAGAAAUAAGAAAAAGAUAAAAGAAAAAGAAUAAGAUUAUUUAGAAGAUAAAAUACUAGUAGAAGUAAAUACUAAGAAGAAGAAGAAGGAGAAGAAUAAGAAUAGAAGGAUAAGAAGAAGAAAAAGAAAAAAAGAAUAAGGAAAAGAAUAGGACUAAGAAUUAAAGCAAAAAAAAAAAAGAAAAAUAAUGAGAAUGAGAAUAAAAAUAGGAAUCGGAAAAGGAAUAAGAAAAAAAAAGAAAAAAGAAUAAGUUGAUGCAGGAUAAAAUAGUAGUUGAAGUUAAUACUAAGAGGAAGAAGAAGGAGAAGGAGAAGAAAAAUAGAAGGAUAAGAAAAAAAAUGAAUAAGGAAAAGAAUAGGAAUAAGUACAAGAAUUAAAAGAAAAAGAAAAUAAUAUGAAUGAGAAUAAGAAUAAGAACAGGGAUAAGAAAAGGAAUAAGAAGAAGAAAAAAGAAAAAGAAUAAGUUGAUGUAGAAGAUAAAAGUAGUACAAGUAAAUACUAAGAAGAAGGAGAAGGAGAAGGAGAAGAAAAAGAAGAUGAAAUUUUAGUACUAGCAAAUUAUUGUUACUAUUAUUAUUACAGUACUAUCAAGAUAAAAUGCACAUCCUCUAGCAUGAAGAAAUAGUUUCGUUUGGGCAGGAUCUCAAAGAUCAUCUAGUUCCAACAGAUUCGCUUCUGCUAUCUUUCUCCUUCUUUGAGAUCUCUUUCCUAUUUCUUUCCCUCUCUUUUUUUCACAUUUCUUGUUAAUAAAAUCUGGAUGUUGUCAUC